AUGAAAGCACAUUAAAUUCCAAGACUAUUUUGCGUUGCAGAUUACGAAAAAGAAAAUUUUUAUUGUGCACCUAAACAUCAAAGAGUUUAAUCUUCAGUUGCCAUCAGAGAAAAAUCAUCAAAUUCAUUUCAUUCUAUGAUGCCUCCUUAAAAACCACAAUUGAAAUUAAAUGAAGAAUAAAGCAAUAGAACUAGAGAAGUUAUUUAACGAGUUAAAACAGACUCAAAUAUGCCGAUACCUUUGAGAAAUGGAAGAAAUCUCAGUAUUACUAGUGGAGUCACUACCAUUUUAAGUAAUAAAACAUUUUAAAUACCUUUAAAAAUUGAAAAUCCUCAACUAGUAAAUGCAUAUAAAAAUGAAAUUGUCACAUACAUGAGAGACAGAAGCGUAAUUAUUAUUCUUAUUUUAGUGUAAAUCUAAUUUCAAAAUGACUGCUUUUCAAUUUUAAACAGAAAUCACUGAAAAAAUGCGUAGUAUUCUACUAGAUUGGCUAGUAGAUGUACAUCAUAAAUUCAAAUUAGACCCAGAAACAUUAUUCCUGACAAUAUCAAUAGUUGAUAGGUAUUUAUCCAAUAAAUUUGAGAGUACUUGAAUUGUAUCAGAUACCAAAAUCCAAAUUUUAGUUAUACGGUGUUGCAGCAUUGUUUAUAGCAUCCAAAUAUGAAGAAGUUUACUCUGUUCCUCAUGUAAGAGAUUUAGUUUAUGUUUGUGAUAAUGCAUAUCCUAAAGAAGAAAUUCUAGAAGCAGAGGGAAAAAUCAUUUCAUUACUCUAGUUUGACUUGUUAACCACUAGUCCCUACAGAAUGUUAAACAUAUAUUAAGAGACAGCAAAAUUAGAAUAAAAAAACUUUAUGCUUUGUAGGUAUAUUUUUAUAUAUGAUCUUUAGAUAUUUAAUUGAAUUGUCUUUGCUAGAAUAUCCAAUGAUCCAAUAUUCAAAUAAUGUUUUAGCAAGUGCAGCUAUUUAUUUAGUUCAUAAAAUUAGAAGAAUUCAUCCUUCUUGGAGUUAAGACUAGAUGGUCUCUAUAACUGGUUUGAAUGAAAUUGACAUUAGAACAUGUGCUAAAGAAAUGUGUAAUCUAUUACAAGGUCAAGAUAAGAAGCAAUAUAAUUCAAUAAGAAAAAAGUUCUCUUAACCCAAAUAUUUAGAAGUUUCAAAAAUCAGGAUUGAAAAACGUCCAUCUUAAAAUUUGUAAACACUCCAAUAUUGA